AUCAAAACAUGAAUCCUGACAACUGCCUUCCUUUUUCUCUCUCCCCUUCUCAUUCUUCAUUCCCUCAAGAACUCCAUUCAUCUCAGAAUCAUCAUUUUUCACUAGGUUUGGUCAAUGAAGCCAUGGAAAAUCACUUUCAAAACCAAGAGUGGAACCUGAUGAACGGUCAUGGAGGCGGGGGAGAACAUCACAUACCGAAGGUGGCAGACUUCCUCGGAGUUAGCAACAAAUCCGACAGCCACUCCGGGGAUUUAUCCUUGUACAAUGGAAUACAACCAAACGAGACUAACUAUCUCUUUCAAAGUAACAGCUUGAUGCCGGUUCAGAACUCUUUAGGUGUCUUGGGAAAUGAUUGCUACGAUCUUCAAGAAAACGCGAACAAUCUUCAGGCUUUGACAUUAUCCAUGGGUAGUGGAAAGGGUUUAUCGUCGUCGUCAUCGUGUGAGACUGCUAGGGUUGAUAAUAGUAGCACAAAUGUAAACAAUGCUAUUGUUGAAGCUAACCCUAAAAGGAAUUUGGACACUUUUGGGCAAAGAACAUCAAUUUAUAGAGGUGUAACCAGGCACAGAUGGACAGGAAGAUAUGAAGCUCAUCUUUGGGAUAAUACUUGUAGAAGGGAAGGACAGUCGAGGAAAGGUCGCCAAGUUUACUUGGGUGGAUAUGACAAAGAGGAUAAAGCUGCUAGGUCAUAUGAUCUUGCUGCACUCAAGUAUUGGGGAACUUCUACCACUACAAAUUUCCCAAUAACUACUUAUGAGAAGGAGCUUGAAGAGAUGAAAAAUAUGACAAGACAAGAAUUUGUGGCUUCAAUUAGGAGGAAAAGUAGCGGUUUUUCAAGAGGAGCUUCUAUGUACCGUGGAGUCACAAGGCACCAUCAACAUGGAAGGUGGCAAGCAAGGAUCGGUCGGGUUGCUGGAAACAAGGACCUCUAUCUAGGAACUUUUGGAACCGAGGAGGAGGCAGCGGAAGCAUAUGAUAUAGCCGCGAUAAAGUUUCGAGGACUAAAUGCGGUGACGAACUUUGACAUGAACAGAUACGAUGUAAAGUCAAUUUUGGAAAGCAACACUUUACCCAUUGGGGGUGGGGCAGCCAAGCGGUUAAAGGAGGCACAAGCGAUUGAAUCAUCGCUAAAGCGCGAUGAAAUGUUGAGCCUUCCCGGCCCAACAAAUUUCCACUAUUUAGGAUCAAGUAUGAACCCUAUCCAAGCCUACCCAUUAAAUGUACAUCACACUUUUGAUCAAAACCAAACUUUACUCACAUUACAAAACCAUCAAGACCUAUCACAUCAUCAUUUUUCAUCCCCACAAGAUGCCAAUAAUUACCAAAGCUAUAUCCAAACUCAGCUACAACUACAACAACAGCAACAGCAACAACAACAACAAUCGGUUUCGUAUAAUUCAAAUCUUUACGACAAUUAUCUUCAUGGUGCCCACGGCAUGUUGGGCACCGACAAUGCAUCGCCUGCUAUGGAGACCGAUAGUUCUUGUGGGAGUUAUUGCGCCGGAGGGUAUUUAGGUAAUAAUCAUGAGUUGGGAAUGGGGUUGGGAUCCGGCUCGGGCUCGGGCUCUUCUGGAGCUAACACGAGUGCUGGUCCGGCGCAUGAGCAUGGGCUUGGACUGACAAAGGUUGACUAUGAUGUUCGUCCUGGUUCAUCGACUUAUGGUGGUUGGUCGACUGAAGAGUCGGGUCAAGGUUCGGGUGCCGGGUUUUUCUCAAUGUGGAAUGAUGGAUGAUUUUGGUCGGGAGAUAACUGAUUAAGAAAAAAUGUUUUCAAUUUAUUUUUUCUUAAAAUCGGUGUUACUAGUUGACAAAUUAUUAAAUGAGGCAAUUCAAUCGAAUU